UGAGGAGCAGGCAACAGAGAUAUUGAUUGUGAAUCUUCAUCAGUGAUUGGACAGAUCUCAGUGAAAGGUCCUGAAACAUGCAAACACAGGCAAAUGUGAGGCACUGAGGGGAAGAGGAUUGGGGGCCUUUUGUAAUCAGAUAGGAAGUCAGCUAUUGGGAGAUCAUAUAAGCUGAAAGGAACCUCUUCAAACACUAAUACAAGAGAAAGAACAAACAAAUAACAGCUCACUAAAAGUGAAUUCAUCUGACCAACAUGGAGUACACAUUCAGAGCAGUAACUCACACCCCUGGGAUUAUAAUCUGGAGAAUUGAGAAAAUGGAGCUGGUACAAAUUCCUGAGAAAUCCUUUGGAAACUUUUAUGAGGGUGACUGCUAUGUACUUCUGUCUACACAGAAGAUGAGCAGCUCUCUGUCUUAUGAUAUCCACUACUGGAUCGGCUCACAGUCCUCUCAGGAUGAACAGGGUGCAGCUGCUGUUUACACCAUACAACUUGAUGAAUUUUUGGGCUCCACUCCGGUCCAGCAUCGCGAGGUUCAGAACCACGAGUCUGAUACCUUCAGGGGAUACUUCAAACAAGGAAUAAUCUACAAGAAAGGUGGCAUCGCAACAGGUAUGAGGCACACUGAAACCAACACCUAUGAUGUUAAGAGACUGCUUCAUGUCAAAGGGAAGAAACGAGUGAUUGCCACGGAGGUGGAGAUGAGCUGGAGCAGCUUUAACCUUGGAGAUGUGUUUUUGCUGGACAUCGGAAAGACCAUUGUUCAAUGGAACGGACCAAAGAGUAACAGGAAGGAAAAGCUUAAAGGCAUGAUGUUGGCCAAGGACAUCCGAGACAGAGAGAGAGGAGGUCGGGCAGAAGUCAGAGUGGUUGAGGGUGACGCAGAGAGCAACUCUCCUCAGAGCAUGGAGAUCCUGAAUGAGACUCUUGGAGAAAGAACCUCUAAACUGGCAGACGGACCUCCUGAUGAAACUGCUGACCAGGAACAGAAAUCAAACCUCAUACUGUACCAUGUGUCAGAUGCUGAUGGCGAGAUGAAGGUCACAGAAGUUGCUACCAGACCACUGGUUCAAGAUCUCCUCACGCAUGAUGACUGCUACCUCCUGGACCAGGGAGGGACCAAGAUCUUUGUAUGGAAGGGGAAGAAAUCAAACAAAACUGAAAAGCAGGCAGCUAUGGCCAGAGCUUUGGAGUUCAUCAAAAGCAAAAACUACCCCAUCACUACAAAUGUGGAGACAGUGAAUGACGGGGCAGAGUCAGCUCUCUUCAAGCAGCUGUUCCAGAAGUGGACAGUGAAGGACCAGACUCAAGGUCUGGGUAAAGUUAACACAAGAGGGAAAGUGGCUCACAUCACACAGGAGAAGUUUGAUGCCUCUCUGAUGCAUGUGAUGCCAGAAAUUGCUGCACAGGAGCGAAUGGUGGACAAUGGCUCAGGUCAAGUGGAGGUGUGGAGAAUAGAAAAUCUGGAGCUUGUGCCUGUGGAGCCUAAAUGGCUGGGAUACUUCUUUGGAGGAGACUGCUACCUGAUCCUCUACACUUACUUGGUAAACAGCAAGAAGUGUUACCUGCUCUACAUAUGGCAGGGGCGUCAUGCAACACAAGAUGAACUGGCAGCCUCAGCAUUUCAGGCUGUGGACUUGGAUCAGAAGUACGGCGGUGAGCCAGUCCAAGUGAGAGUAACCAUGGGCAAAGAACCUAGACAUUUUAUGGCGAUGUUCAAGGGUAAAAUGGUCAUCUUUGAGGGGGGCACAUCUAGAAAAGGGUCUUCUGACCCAGAACCUCCCAUUAGAUUGUUCCAAGUCCAUGGCUCUGACGCAUCCAACACAAAGGCCAUUGAGGUUCCAGCCUUGGCCACCUCUCUGAACUCCAAUGAUGUGUUUUUACUGAAGAGCCAAUCGGGGAUUUUUCUGUGGUGUGGAAAGGGAUCAAGUGGAGAUGAGAGGGAAAUGGCGAAGCAGGUCAGCUCUGUGAUUGGCAAUAACGGCUCAGAGGAACUUGUGGCAGAGGGGCAGGAGCCCAUUGAAUUCUGGGAGUUGCUUGGAGGCAAAGCGCCGUAUGCUAGUGACAAGAGACUACAGCAGACGGUUUUAGACCACCAGCCACGUCUGUUCGAAUGCUCCAAUAAGACAGGUCGUUUCAUCGUCACAGAGGUGACUCAGUUCACGCAGGACGACCUCAGUGAGGACGAUGUCAUGCUACUGGACACAUGGGACCAGGUGUUCCUCUGGAUCGGUAAAGAGGCCAAUGAGGUUGAACGCAAAGAAGCAGCGGUCACAAGCCAAGAGUACCUGCACACCCACCCAGGCAACAGAGAUCCAGACACUCCCAUCAUCAUGGUCAAGCAAGGGUUCGAGCCGCCCACCUUCACUGGCUGGUUCACAGCCUGGGAUCCCUCAAAAUGGAGUGGAGGAAAGAGCUAUGAGGAGUUGAAGAAGGAGCUGGGAGAUGCAGUAGCGCCUGUUGAAGUUAAAGCUGAGCCGAACUGUGUCGAAAGUGAGAAAAACUUUGAGUCCUUUCCACCUGAAGCUCUGGUCAACAAGCAAGCCAGCGAGCUGCCUGAAGGUGUUGACCCGUCCCAGAAGGAGAAACACCUCUCUGACUCUGACUUCAGCACCGUAUUUGGGAUGACCAAAGAUGACUUUGUGAGUCUGCCACGGUGGAAACAGCUGAACCUGAAGAAAGAAAAAGGGUUGUUUUGAUAUUUAAAAAAAAAGUCAACAUGAGGUCUCUCUGCAUCCCCUCCCCUUAGACUUUCCACUUGAAUCUCUUUGUUUGAGGGCAGGACUCAGUUUCUCUCCACACUCAGGUUAUGUUGUGAUUCAUAAUUUGUUUCAAAUCACUGUAAUACGACUCUUUAUACUCAAUUAUUUAAUUAUUGUUUAUUUUAUUAUACUUGCAUCUCUUUUAAUAACAUUAUUUGAAAUCUCAGUAUGAAAAAAAUACUGUAUUGCUUAUUCUUCUGUGUGGCAACAACCAGAAUAUUUACAGCAGCGUUACUGUGUUUUAUCAAACCCAGAACAGUAACAAACGUUUGUGACUUUUAUUAAAUUUGAGCUCGAUCAUGGAAACCAACCCAAAAGUUGACUGCUCUGAUUUCCACUUUAAGUAAAGAUCUGUUUCGCCCUCUGCUGGCCAAAUAAUGUUACAGCAUGUGAGAUUAAUUCAGCAAUAAGUGUGCUGAAAGCUGUUCCUCUCUGCUGUUCAUGGUCAUUAUUAUUCCACAGAAGUGGACAGAAAUCACUAACCAACACCAGCUUUAUUCACUCCUUUUAUUUUGAUAUGUCUGGAAUGUAAUAUCAGGUACAAGUAUAAAUUUAAGUCAUUUACUGUUACAUCUGAACAUUCAAUUCAAAGCUCAGAACAAGUCAAAAAUAUUUAGACCCAUAAAACGCACUGAAUUACAGUAAGAACAUAUUUUUUGCAUUGUUGUCUGAAAAUAAACAGAAACAGUUUAAUUACAUGAUAGAAUAUCAAAAAGUCACUGCUAGUAUCAGAGAAGCUGUUUCCCCUGAUAUUGUGAAAUUAAGGAUGACGAUUGACCAGUCUGGAGUCAGAGUGACAUACCUUUUCUCUAUCAUUACAAAAUAAAUGAAGCAUUUGACCUCACAGGAAAUGAGCAGGAAAAGAAAAUGAAUUGUUGAUGACAACAACAUAAAAAAAACCCACUGCAGCACAUGUGAAUAACAGUAACAGUCAACUCGCUUUACAGAAAAAGAGCAUCUGAGCUGUUUGUCUCCAACUGUCUGUAAACCAUGGCAGUCAGUACAACAGAGAAUCAAGUAUCAGCAUGUGAACCAGGAUUGUUUUGAAACACAACUGUGUGAUAAAAAUUUAAUGUAAAAGACAAACAAUUCAGUACAUGAACAUUAAUGUGUGGCCUCAAACCUGCAACAUGAUAGGCAGCUAAAUGCAGCUACUGCAAACGUUCUAGCCAUUUUCAGAUUUCCUUAAAUGUAUUAAUGUUUUUACACUUUUAUCAAUCAUCUGACAAAAGCAGUUCUCAAAACUUUCUUGAAAAUUGUGAUUGAAUUUAAAAGAUUUCAAUAUAUUCAAAUAUGUUCCCUCAAUUACAUAAUGACGCAUGUUUUGCAAACAAAAUGAAAACUGAAAAUUCCCUCAAAACACAAAUUUCUGCAGUAAACAACUUAGAUCAAAGUAUUAUUUGAUAUAUGUGUGUCAAAGUACUGCGUGCAAAAGUACUAAUAAAUGACAGAUCAAUUCAUGUGCAGUUUGGAAAUCAAGAAACAUUCUUAGGUGCUCAUGCAAACUAUCACAAAUGAAGAAAGGGUCUACUCUUGCCUCAAGCAUUAAAAAAAAAAAAGAAAAAUGUAACUUUAUCAAAUAUAAACAUAAAAAACUGUGAUUAAAUACAAAUUGUGUACAGCAAUCAAAGACAUCGAAAGAGACUAAUUUCAGCAAGCUUCACUGCAAAUGUGCAAACAUACAAUAUCACCGAGCAGGCAGAGAGAACACCACCUGCGGCAGAGUCAGCUGUUGAUCUCUUGCUGACGUGUUUGGUUGUAAAGGGAAUGUUGUUUCUAAUGUAAUCGGACAAAUUUAUGCCACGAUACUUUGAAAAGUGCAAAUGCAGCCAAAUCGAUUUCCCUAAAAUAUUCAAAUAAAACAAGGAAAAGGGACAGUGUGAAAGUUUUUUAAAAAUAAAUGUUCUUGUGAAAUUAGUGAGGCAGCGUUUCCCUUAUGUAAAAAAAAAAACCCUAACUUGUAACCUUAUCAACAACUGCCC